AUGCAGAUUACGUGCACGGCCCAAUCCAAAAGCGACAAAGGAUUCACAUCUCACAGCAAGAGAGAAGCCCAAAUUUCUGAGGUCGCUUCCUGCCUAUUUCAAAUCCCUUCUAGAAAGGAUCAGGCCUUUGACCCCUCCAUAACUGGUAUGUUUCAAAAGUCUCUCUGGAAUUGCAUCAAGGGGUAUUUUGAUUCACAAUUCCGGAAGCCUGACUGUUGCUAA